GUUACUAUCGAUAGCGCCCUCGAUGGUUUGACACCUCUAAUUAAAGAAAAAAAAAGCAAGAAAAAACAAACAAAGGCCGCAAAAAGUAAUUGAGAUAGAUAGCUGCAUAAAAGGUUCGGCUAGCCAAUGAGUAUCAACUUAUAUAUACAAGCCCUGAACACGACUCUGCAGACCAUCGCAACCCAAGUGGAGGUAUUCGCUGGAGUUGCUCUGAAAGCAGCCGUCAACGUUCGCGGGGAGCUGGAGAAUCUGACCGAAGACUGGCACUGGCAGAAUAGCCUCAUCGAGUUUACCGAUCUGCAGGCCACGUUGCUAAAGGUAUUGCUGGUGCUGUUGGCGGGAACGUGUGUCCUGAUCGCCUGGUCCUGGUCCGUCUACGGUCAAGUCAUCACCGAGAAAUUCGUCAGGCCAAGUACGCUCAAGGAAAUCGAAGAGCUUAAAUUAUCUGUGGCCAAAUUGAAGUUGCCCAAGGAACACUCUCCCCGAAUAUAGACAUGUCGAAGAU